AUGGGAAGCUCUAUUACGUAUGCGCAGAGAGACACAAUCAGACCAGGGGAAGCCCUUAAUUUCACAGAGCAGUUGGUUUCUGCCAAUGGAGUUUUCAGAUUAGGGUUCUUCAGCCUCGGAGAUUAUAAUCGUUAUUUGGGUAUAUGGUACACUGACUCUCCUAACCUCAGAGUUUGGAUGGCAAACCGCGAGAGUCCUGUGGUUGGCCGCAUUGGAAAUCUUACCUUGGAUAACAAUGGCAUGUUGAAGAUUAUGGUAGUGGGAGCAAAUCAAUUUCCACUGAAUUCUAAUUCUCAAUCUGCCCAAAAUUCCUCGGCUACUCUUAAUGAUUUGGGUAAUUUUGUGUUGACGGAGUUGAAUCCAGAUGGGUCGGCCAAGCUGGUGUUGUGGCAGAGCUUUGAUUACCCUACAAACGCCUUCUUGCCUGGUAUGAAAAUGGGUAUGGAUUUUCGGACAGGGAAGAAGUGGGCAAUUACUUCUUGGUUAAGCAAUUUAGUUCCAGCUUCAGGAGCUGUGAGUCUGCAAUGGAACCACACAACAGAUGGUACAAACACAGGGCAAAUAGUGAUGAAACAUAGAGGAAAAGACUACUGGACAACUGGCCUCUUCAACACUGCUGACCAGACGUUUGAAAAUAUUCGAUGGUGGAGGAACAGUGAUGAAUUUAGCAUCAAUAUUUACAAGUUCACCGUUGUUUCCAAUGAGAACGAGAGCUACAUAACUUUUACUGUCCCUAAAGGUACUAUUUCAAGGUGGGUAUUGAGUGCAGAUGAUGGGUUCACCUUCACCGGUGACGGGACAGAACCGAGAAUCGGGCCGAUAGUUCCAUGUAAUGGGGUCGGAUCAUAUUCAGGUUGUUUGGUAGCGAGGCCACCGAAUUGUAGGAGUAGCAGUGAAAUUUUCGUGCCACAAACUAUUAGUCUUUCAGGGGGUGUUUCGUACGCGGAUCAAAAUUCGAGCUUGGGUCUCAGUGAUUGUUGGGACCAAUGCUGGGAGAAUUGUUCCUGUAUUGGUUAUAAUACCUUUCACACUAAUAGAACUGGCUGCCAGUAUUGGAGUGGUGGAUUGACCGUUGUAGAAGGAAUAAUCGGUUCUUGGACCACCAUCUUUGCUUUGAACUCGACUCUGAAUGGGACAUCAUCGAACAAUAAUAGCAACGCAUCAAAAUCGGGCAAUCGUUGGUGGAUACGGAUGAUUGUUUCUAUACUGGGUGUUUUUCUUAUACUUCUCUUGGGAUCCUUAUGCUAUCUAAGGAGGAAAAAGCUCAAAG